AUGAGUAAUGAGUUCACGGGGCGAACCCAUAGCGGAACUGUGACGCAGAGUUACGGCGGGGUAGGGCGUAACCUAGCUGAUGCCUUGGUCCGCCUUGGGUGCCAUCCCUUCCUUGUGACAGCCGUGGGAAAUGACAGCCAUGCCCGCGCCCUCACAGCCCACAACCCUCAGCUGGGAACAGAGGGCCUGAGGGUGGUGUCCAAGGAGUCCACUGCUGUGUAUUGUGUCUUGCUGGACCACAAGGGCGAGGCGCUGAUGGGCGUAGGAGACAUGGCCAUGCAUGAGCACAUCACCCCCUCCCAUAUCCGUCAAUUUGAAGAGGAGUUCACAAGGGCGCCCCUAGUACUGAUGGACGGCAAUCUCUCACAGCGCACCAUCAAUUAUACCCUUGACCUGUGCAGUGAGGCCGGUGUGCCUGUGUGGUAUGAGCCCACCGACAUGCGGAAAGCUGUCAAGCCGUGGCUGGAGGGUCGCGGCCACGCCGUCACCUUCGCCUCCCCAAACCUGCAUGAGCUGCGGGCACUCUGCUCCCUCCUCCACCUCGGUGAGGUGGGAGAGGCGCCCACCAGCAGCCAGGACGUGCCUCACUUAGUACAGCACGUCCUUGGCAUCACCGCCCCGCUGCUGCAGCACAUCCACGCCCUCAUGGUGACGAUGGGGCGUUUUGGCUUCAUGAUCUUGCGUCGAGCUCCUGUCGGCAGGGAAAACGAUCCCUUAUUACCAGUGCCGUCAAGUCCUGAGGUGCAAGCCGAGCCAGUAGCGAUGUACUUCUCCGCGGUGACCACAGAGCGCGUUGUCUCUGUGUCAGGAGCAGGCGACUGCCUGACCGCAGGAUUCGUAGCCAGCAUGUUGCGCGGGGAGAAGGUCGGUCAAUGCGGGGCCGCGGGACUGGCAGCAGCAAGCCUCUCCCUCGACGCCAUGCCUGCGGUGCCAGAGACUUUGAAUCCCGGGGUGCUGGACGCCGACCACCACGUCUUCUCCCUCGUGCGCCUUUGAUGGAUGCAGUUCUCUAGAUGAAAAAAAGGAAGCAAUGCAGUGUUAAUGUUGCUCGUCUGGUGUAGGGUGGUUGAUAAUUACCUCGCUUAUUUUGUCCAUUGUCUUUGUUCCUGCAUUAUCUCGUCGUGCGAGUUCCUUUACUGUUAUUUAGCUGCUUUUCUUUUGUUUGUGAUAAUAACUUAAAGACUUAUUUUUCUACGUCUCAUUCUGGGCGACACGUAAACCUAUGCAUUCCUUUCAGAGCCAUUUACUGGAUUUCAUACCCGUGAUGUUUGUUGAUGCACUCCAGCAGACACGGAGCGCUCAGUCAUGAAUGUAUUUUUGUAAAGUUUAUAUUUGUGGGCUGAAUAAAACUUUCGGACAUGUAAUUAUUCA